AAAAUUCAAUAGUAACCCCAAAAUCAUAAACAACUCGAAAUCCCACAUUUCCCUGAAAUUUUUCCACAGCGGCAACACCGCCGGGUUUCUUGGUCCUUCGAGGCGGAUCAAGCGGACGCUCGCCACCUAGCGGUCAAUCUCGAAGCUAUUCGUCCGAUCGACACGCUGAAUGCUCCUAUCUCGCGAAUGAAACGGUUUAUUGGAAGAGCGGAACGCUUUACAAGCUUGCCUCGCGCGCCGAUCAAAGAUGUCGCUCCAAUAGGCCGAGCUUCGGGUUCAAAAUGGCAACAAACAGUGUUUGACUACCUGUGAAACCCGCUGUAUGUUUUCCUCGUUCUUUAAGUUUUUCCCAUUUUCCGCACCUGGAAAAGCAAAGUUCGGUAUGUGGACGGUUUGGACUCUGAAACUGAGUUGAAAACCAUCGAUUUUGUAUGUUUUAAUUCAGGAUUUUGUGUUUGGAGUCAUUGCACCUGCUAAUUGGAAGUCAGCUAAGGGAAGGGAUCAAAAAGUACAGUGGCUACAGCAUCCCGGGAAGAGUUCGGAAAGAUGUACAGAAGGCUGAAUUAUGCUAAAACCACCUCUCGGAACAUACAAAUCUUUCAUGGGUAGAUUGAGCCCCUUCUUCUUAUUUUUACUUUACUUUGGACACUGCACAGCCUACUUCCUACUAGUAGACAACACCCUAAAUCCUGGAGAUACCAUCUUCAAUUCCUCCGUCUAUAGGCUCGGUUCUGAACGUCGCUAUGAGCUCAAUAUCAAGAAAUCAGCACACUUUGUGGGGUCCUUGAUGAAGGUGGAUCCCAAAACUGGCGAACUGAAGCUGAGGGAGGUGCUGAGUUGUGAUGAAGUUUAUUACCCUAGUUUAUUCACUGUACAUAUUGAUUCAACUUCAAAAAGACUCACGGAUAUAGAUUAUUAUAGUUUACCAAUUCGUAUAUUCAUCGUUGGAGACCGUUGUGACCGGUAUGAAGAAGAAGAAGACGAUGGAUAUCUCUAUGACAGCUUUAGAAGGAGGAGGAGGAGCGUUCCGCUGAAUCCUUUCAUGCACAACCUCCAUCAGUCUGUCAAGAAUCGAAUAACUGAGGCCAAGCAAUGGAUUUCUGAAACUUACGCUUCCUUUGCUAUCCCCACAUCAGGAAAAUGGAGGAAGAUUUGCCUGAAGAAAUCCCAGUUUGUCAACUCUAUAAGGGCGUUCAUACCAAAAACCAUAAGCGAUUAUUGCAACGUAACCUUCCAUUAUGUCAACGAUGACAGGUUUAUGAUCGAGCACAGCCAAGGUGAUCUUGUAGCUAGUAGGGAUGUUUGCCUGGUUGAGCCUAUGUGGAAAGUCACCAUUCUCUUUUCCACAUAUUGCCACGAUGUGAGGGUGGUAAACACAGAACAUCGACUGAAAGUUGUCUACCAUCAUCAGGUCUUCAAUGAUUCCGAUAUAGCCAGGAGAGUUCGUAGAGAGUUGAGGAAUCAAUCGCCUUUCUUCGAACUUCACCUGUAUAUCGCGAGUGUUUUGGAGGAAUGCGAACCAGGUGUCGUGGUUACAACAGUCAAGGCCAGGGAUCCAGAAAACAGCCCAAUCACCUACUCUAUGACCAGUUUAUUAGACUCCAGAACCCAGUCGAUGUUCGACAUCGACUCAAAGACAGGAGUCGUCACCACCAAAGUAAAACUCGACAGAGAACUUGUCGAUGUCCACUAUUUCAGAGUAACGGCCACAGACGACAGUUUUCCUCCAAGAUCUGGCACUACUAUGCUCCAAAUCAACGUUCUAGAUGCCAACGACCACUCUCCUGUCUUUGAAAUGACCGAAUACGAUGCUAGCAUCAAAGAAAGCGUUAGUAUCGGAUCUACUGUUAUAACCUUGAAAGCCACAGACCAAGAUGUGGGCAAAAACGCUGACGUAGAGUACGCCAUAGAAAGUAUAAAUGGAGGGGGUCUAUCCUCGGAAGAAGAAGACAACAAGGCGUUCAAGAUUGAUGGAAAAACUGGGGUUAUAACUACUAGGAGCAAUCUAGACCGUGAAAGUACCGAAGUUUACACCCUUUUGGUUAGCGCUACAGAUUCUGCCAAUCCUCAAUCAGCUAGAAAGUCAUCCACUGCCACCGUGAUCAUACAUAUCUUAGAUGAUAAUGAUAACUAUCCCCAGUUUUCUGAGAAGACUUAUACGGUUUCCAUUGAUGAAGAUAUAAACUGGGUAUCUAACCCUGUCAUCCUGCAUAUCAAGGCAACAGAUGCGGACCAAGGGAAUAACGCCGCCAUUAGAUACGCCAUUACAAGCGGAAACACCCAAUCACAAUUUGCCAUCGACAGCUUAACAGGAGAUAUUUCUCUUGUGAAACCCCUGGACUACGAAACCAUACGAAGUUACCGACUAACCGUAAGAGCUCAAGAUGGGGGAAGCCCAGCCAGAUCCAAUUCCACCCAGGUUUUAAUCAACGUUAGGGAUGUCAACGACAAUGCUCCCCGUUUCUACACUUCGUUAUUUCAAGAGAGCGUCUCUGAAAAUGUUCCGAAAGGCUAUAGCAUAGUUAAAAUCCAAGCUUAUGAUGGUGACGAAGGGCCUAAUGCUGAAAUUAAAUAUACCAUGUCAGAAAGGGAUGCUAGUGGAGGAAGUACCAAAGAUCUACCGAUAGCCAUAGAUGACCAUACUGGUUGGAUUUACACAACGAAGGAACUUGAUAGGGAGGACAGGGCUAAGUUCAUGUUUCAGGUUUUCGCAACGGACCAAGGCAAACCACCCCAAUCUGCAAGCGCUAGCGUCAUAAUAUCAGUUCAAGACGUCAAUGACAACGAUCCAACCUUCGAGCCUAAGAUAUACGAAGCUGUGGUUGCCGAAGAUGAUCCCCCAGGUACUCCUGUCACCACAGUGUCUGCAACUGACGCAGACGAGGACACUCGUCUUCACUACGAAUUGACGAACGGCAAUGUGCGAGGCAGGUUCGCCAUAACCUCACAAAACGGCAGAGGCGUCAUCACCAUAGCCCAGCCCCUGGACUACAAGCAAGAGAAGAAGUACAUAUUAACAGUCACUGCUACAGACUCUGGAGGACGAAGCGACACUGCCACAGUUUACGUCAACAUUACAGACGCCAACAAUUUCGCUCCAGUUUUCGAGAACGCACCGUACACUGCUAGCGUUUUCGAAGACGCUCCGAUCGGCACUACAGUCUUGGUGGUUUCGGCCACUGACAACGAUGUAGGAUUGAACGCCCAGAUAACCUAUUCCCUUGCCGAAGGCCUGGGAGAUCCUUCAGUCACAGAAUUCGCCAUCAAUCCGCAGACCGGUGCCAUAACAACCACGAAAAUCCUAGAUCGCGAGAUCAAGAGUGGUUAUCUCCUAACUAUAGCGGCCAAAGAUGGCGGAUCUCCCUCUCUAUCCGAUACCACGGACGUGGAGAUCACUGUGACAGAUGUCAACGACAACUAUCCGGUUUUCAAGCAGUCGUCCUACUCUGGCAGCGUUGCGGAAGACGCUUUAGUGGGUACUUCUGUGGUUCAGGUUUCUGCAUCUGAUGCCGAUAUUGGACUUAACGGAAAAAUACGGUAUACACUGAGUGAGAAAGAUCAGGAGGAAGGUUCCUUUGUUAUCGACCCGACUAGCGGAGUAAUCAGAACUAACAAAGGAUUGGAUAGGGAGUCUGUUGCUGUCUAUGAACUGGAGGCAUAUGCCAUAGAUAGGGGUUCGCCUACGCUGAGUAGUUCUGUGCCUGUUAUCAUCAGGAUAGAAGAUAUAAACGAUUCACCUCCAGCUUUUGAUUCCGACAAGAUAACUUUGUACAUACCGGAAAAUAGUCCAAUUGGUUCCACAGUCGGUUCAAUCCACGCUAAGGACCCUGACGAAGGCCCCAACGCCAUCGUCCAGUACUCCAUCAUAGGCGGCGAAGACUCCGAGAGUUUCUCCCUCAUAACGCGUCCUGGCACCGAUAAGGCCGAACUCAUCACCAUGGUCGAGCUGGACUACGAGAGCCCGAAGAAGAGGUUCGACCUCAUUGUCAGAGCUGCCAGUCCCCCAUUGAGAAACGACGCCCACGUGGAGAUCCUGGUGACGGACGUCAAUGACAACGCACCAGUCCUCCACGACUUCUACGUCCUCUUCAACAACUUCAAGGACUACUUCCCAUCAGCCCCAAUCGGAAGGAUACCAGCCUUCGACGCCGACGUCUCCGACAAGCUCUACUACCGGAUACUAUCCGGCAACAACGCCAACUUGGUUGCCUUGAACGAGACGACCGGGCAGAUACAGUUGUCGCCCCAGUUGAACACUAACGUGCCUAAGAUCGCCUCUAUGGAGGUGUCUGUCUCGGAUGGCCUUAACGAUGUGAAGGCUAUAAUGCAGUUGUCCGUUGUGUUGAUCACGGAGGAGAUGUUGCUGAAGUCUAUCACCGUCAGGUUGAACCAGAUGACCAAAGAGGCCUUCCUGUCGCCCCUGUUGAAUUUUUUUAUUGACGGGUUGGCUGCCAUCAUUCCCUGUCCGAAAGAGAAUAUUUUUAUAUUUAGCAUCCAGGACGACACAGAUGUCCAAUCAAAAAUUUUGAACGUUAGUUUUUCCGUUAGAAGACCAGAUGUGCCUAGAGAAGAAUUUUACAUGCCGCAGUUUCUGCAAGAAAAGGUUUAUUUGAAUAGAGCAAUUUUGGCCAAGUUAUCCACCGUACAAAUAUUACCCUUCGAUGAUAAUUUGUGUGUGAGGGAACCUUGCUUGAAUUUCGAAGAAUGCCUAACGGUCUUGAAGUUUGGAAACGUCUCUGACUUCAUAAGCAGCGAUACUGUUCUGUUUAGGCCUAUUUAUCCAGUUACAACUUUUACAUGCCAAUGUCCAGAAGGUUUCACAGAUUUAUCCUUUUCAGGUUCGAAGGAACAUUACUUGUGUGACACCGAGGUGAAUCUUUGCUACUCCUCGCCUUGUAAGAACAACGGCACCUGUAAGAUCAGAGAAGGCGGUUAUACAUGUGUUUGUCCAGAAAACUAUUCAGGUAAAAACUGCGAAAUAUACACCAAAGAGAAGACUUGCAAUGCAGAGUUGUGUAAGGAUGACCCAACAUGCAACACCAGAAAGACUACCAUAGAUGAUAUUUGCGAAGAUUGCUCCCUGGAGAACACUGUUGAUUUAUAUACACCGUUUUGCGAAUUGAAAAGCAGAAGUUUCGGAAAGAAUUCUUUUCUAACGCUACCCAGUUUGAAGCAAAGGCACCGUCUGCAUAUUAAAUUAGGAUUUGCCACCCAAUCGUUGAAUGGUCUCUUGUUGUACAACGGAAGAUAUAAUGAACAUCAUGACUUUAUCGCUUUGGAAAUAAUCAAUGGAAAUGUGCAGUUUUCGUUUUCUUUAGGAGAUAGGACAACUCAAGUUACAGCGUCUAUUCCAGAUGGAGUUUCAGAUGGAAAAUGGCACACAGCCGAGGUGCACUACUUUAACAAGACCGCAAAACUGUCUAUUGACGAUUGUGACACCGAAUUGGCCCUCAAGUAUGGCGCAGAACUCGGAGAGAAAUGGAACUGUGCAUCAUUCGCAGAACACGAACUAGAACCUAGAUGCUCCUCACCAACAGAAACAUGCCACAGAUUCCUCGAUUUAACUGGUCCUUUAGAAUUGGGCGGCCUCCCUUCGUUACCUUCGAUGUUCCAAACCAAAAACGUCGACUUCGAAGGGUGCAUAGCGAAUUUUUAUAUCGACUACAAGCUGAUCGAUCUCAACGACUUUGUUAGCGAUAACGGAACUACUUCAGGUUGCCCGGAGAAGAAGUCUUUUUGCAAGUCUUUACCUUGCCAGAACGGAGGUACCUGUAAAGAUGGUUGGAAUACCUACCAAUGUAUUUGUCCCAGGGGGUAUGGUGGUAAAGAUUGCAGUGAAGUUAUAAGUUUGCCAUGGCAAUUCUCUGGAGAUGGUACGCUCUCUUUCAAUCCUCUUCUAAGACCAAUCCAACUGCCUUGGUUGAACGCCCUUUCUAUCAGAACCCUGCAAGCAGAUACUUUCCUAAUGUCUAUACAAGUUGGCCAGAACAGCUCAGCUGUAUUGUCGUUGAGGAAUGGUUUGUUGGCAUACACUUACAACACGGAAGAGUUUGAGUUGAAAACCAAGGUGUUAUCAGACGGACACUGGCAUCAUAUUGAGGUCACUUGGUUAGGUACUGAAAUAAGACUUUCAGUAGACUACGGAGAUCACAGUGUGAUGAUACCGUUCUUUGAGAAAAUACAAGGAUUGUACGUUGGAAAAAUUCUUAUUGGAGGUCCUGAUAAUAGCUACAGCAGUUUGAAUGCUGGAUAUAACUAUUUGGAAGGAUGCCUACAAGAUGUUAGAAUCGGAAACAACCAAACUUCCUUGAGCAGACCAACAGUGAAAGAGAAUGUUCAAGAAGGCUGUAAUGUUCUCACGGAGUGCCAGAGUGAGUGUAGCGACAACGCAGAGUGUAUAGUAGAGUGGGGGAAGUCUCGUUGUGAAUGUGAUAGAGGUUAUGUAGGCGCUCUAUGCCAACCGGUAUGCAACAUCAACCCCUGUGAAAAUGGAGCAGAAUGCAUUGAAAACUCUGAGCUUAGCAAAGGCUACCAAUGUAUGUGCAACUCUUCAGAAUACUCUGGAGAGUAUUGCGAGGACAAGAUGGCUCAACCGUGUCCAUCCAGUUGGUGGGGAUAUCCGGUUUGUGGUCCUUGUCACUGUGAUGUGAAUGCUGGCUAUAAUCCAGACUGCGACAAGAAAACAGGACAGUGUUACUGCAGGGAGAACCAUUACCAACCUAAGGGAAGCACGAAAUGCACACCCUGUGAUUGUUAUCAUGUGGGAUCUUACGGUUCCCAAUGUGACCAAGAAACUGGCCAAUGCAAAUGCAGAGAAGGUGUCAUAGGACCAAAUUGCGACUCCUGUCCCAAUGCUUAUGCUGAGGUCACCUUGAAGGGCUGUGAAGUGAUAUACGAUGGAUGCCCCAGAAGUUCUUCGAAAUCUAUUUGGUGGCCCAGGACCCUUUUCGGGUCUGAAGCCAUCGAACCAUGUCCGAAAGGUUCUCAAGGAAGAUCUUCUAGAAAAUGCGAUAACGAAUCGAAUGGUUGGCAGGAACCAGACUUGUUUAAUUGCACGUCUGACAGAUUUGUGUUGUUGAGAGAAGAGUUAUCGAGCCUUGAAAGUGGAGCGCUGAAUAUGAAUACGUUUGUUGCCAUCAAGUUAGCUUCGGAUUUAUACAAAGCUACAAAAAUGACAACAUAUUUGUAUGGAGCUGACGUAUUGGUAACCUUCGACCUCCUGAGAGAGCUUCUGCAGUAUGAGUUCAAGUUGUUCGGUCUCAAUUUGACUCAUAGCCAAGACAAGGACUAUAUUCGGAACAUCGUCUAUUCUGUGAAUACCGUAUUGGAUGCUAAACACAAAGACCACUGGUUGAGAAUCAAACAACUUACGAAUGAACCAGUGGAUAAGUUGGUGGCACUAGUAGAAAAAUAUCUUAUGGUUUUAUCAAUGAGUCAGCACGAUACAUACACCAGCCCCUUCGAAAUUGUAUCACCGAAUAUGGUUUUGGGUUUGGAUGUCGUAACAGCAGAAUCCCUUUACGGUUUCGAGGUAGAACUCCCAACCAUGAGCAACCAGAUGUAUACCACAGAAAAAAUCGUAUUACCCGACACCUCAGACUUUUUGAAACCGAACGUGCAAAGUAUGAGCUCACAAGGACCCCUAGUGGGUUUUCCCAAAUACAACAACUACAUUUUGGACAAGACCAAGUUCGACCAAAACACCAAACUGUACGUCCCCUUGAAAUUACUUGGAAUCGAACCUGUCAAGAGUUACGAACUUGUUACCAAGCAUUCCUUGCCUCAAGAAGGAGCAGUCGUCAGUUAUGCCCAAUAUAAGGAGGCUGGACUGCUGUUCCCAAAACAUUACGACGCUUCAGUUGUCAGCAGAUGGGGCGUGGACAUAACACUUGGUUCUCCCAUAAUUUCUGUGCAUAUUCUUGUACCUGAGUACGUCGAAGCUGUUAAACCUCUUCCUAUGGACAUACUGAAAUUUAGAGACUAUCAACAGUCCGACCUAGUCCACGACGAAAAAGACAGUUGGUUCAAGCAGACACCUGAAGAUGGAGGUGGAAAGUUCCAUAAAAACGACCCACAGUUCUUAAUUUACAACAAUAGGAGAAAGAGAGACGAUAUGUCGACAAAAAGACUUCUGUAUAAAAGUCUUUCAGGCACACAGCUCAAGCACUCGAUCCGUUUGCAGAUAUGGUUGAAUUCCAGCGAUACCAUCUUCAAUGAAAGAUCCAAUCCACAGUGUGUUCAUUGGUCUACAGCUAGAGGGAUUGGAGAGUGGUCUAGAGUUGGUUGCAGAACGGAAUUAGCUGAAAACUGGUUUGAUGUUGAUGAAGAUACACCUUUGAUGAUCAACUGUACUUGCAAUCACCUCAGCACUUUUGCUGUCUUGGUAGAUGUCGUUGAUCUAGAGUAUAUACCAGAGCCUUCACUGCUAGAAGACGUCACCAGUUACAGUUGCUUCAGUAUUUCUUUGCCUCUCCUUCUAGCUACCUAUUUGAUUCUGGCUCUAAUCCGAGGAGUGCAGACUAACUCGAAUGUGAUAAGGAAAAACUUGGUUUUCUGUGUUUUCCUAGCGGAACUGCUCUACUUUGUGGCUUUGAAAGCUAGGAAAUCACUUGUACAUAACGAGAUUUGUUGUAAAUUAAUAGCUAUCAGUCUUCAUUAUCUUUGGUUGACAUCAUUCUCUUGGAUGCUGGUCGAUGCUAUCCAUCUCUACAGGAUGCUGACGGAAAUGAGAGAUAUCAAUCAUGGACCCAUGCGUUUUUAUUAUUGCAUGGGUUAUGUAAUGUCGGCAGUAAUUGUUAGUUUGGCUGUUGGGGUUAGAGCUCACCAAUAUGGAAACUUCUACUUCUGUUGGAUGUCUUUGUACGAGAGCAUCAUCUGGAGUAUGGUGGGUCCAAUCUGUAUAAUGGUGUUUGUGAAUUUUAUCAUCCUGGCGUUAUGCAUUAGAGCCGCUUUUACAAUACAAGAUCAUAUACUAGGUUUCGGCAAUUUGAGGACUUUGCUGUGGGUUUCUGCAAUAGCCUUACCUCUUAUGGGUUCUACUUGGAUCUUAGCCUUGAUGGCAGCUUCAGAACGUCAUCCACUCUUCACACCAGCUUUAUCAGCUGCUGUUCUGGUCCACGCUGCCUUCUCUCUUGCUGGAUAUUGUUUUGCGAAUGAAAGGGUCAGGGAGAAUCUUUUAAGAUCUCUAAUGAGAUGUAUGGGUAAAAAGGUACCUUUAUUAGAAACUACAUCUGUCGGAGGAAUCCCAAGUACUAGCAGUCAAAACAUAAAUAUUCAAUCAAGAUCUGCUUUGGCUUACCAUUCUGGUUUGGACCAGAGGAGGAACAUGGGAAUCUCAAACUCAAGUACCACUUCUCGGUCUACCACGAAAACCGGUUCAAGUCCAUAUAGGAGUGAUACUCAUUUGCGGCACACCUCUACCAGUACUUCAAACUACAAUUCUACAAGUGACGUUCCAUCUUAUUUGAGAGGUUAUGAUACAGGUCUACAUAAGCACAGAGAAUUACCCGAAGAGACGGAAGAAAGAAGUAGAGAAAGAAGAAGGGAUAGUGACAGUGAUUCUGAUGGUUCUGAAGGUCGAAGUUUAGAUCUAGCGUCAAGUCACUCUAGUGACGAUGAUGAGUCCAGCAACAGAAGGCAUAGAUUGAGAGGAAUUGAUAAUCGACAGAGUUAUUUGCCGAAUAUAACAGAGAACGUGGUAUCUAGGUGUGGUAGCCCGCCAUCUUUAAAUGUAGUGACCAAUUCCCAAUUGUUCCCAGCAGUUCCGCCAGCUUAUGGGCCUAGAUGGACAAGUCAACUUCCAGAAACCUACCUGCAUAGUCCAAACAUACCUGAAGUUGGCCGUUGGUCUGCCGAAACUGGUUCCGACAACGAGAUGUGUCAAAAAACAAGCUCACCUAAUCCUCUGCCGAAUCCAAACGUUCCAUCUGACACCUGCAUACCACAUCUACAGAGUGAAAACUACAUGGUUCGUCCACAUUACGAUAAUCACUACAAUCCCAAGAAUCAGGUUUUCAAGAACAACUACGUGCCCAAAAUGAUGCCACACGAAAAUAUGAACUAUCAAGAUUACAACGAAAGAAUGUCGGACAUAGAGGAGAAACAUCAGAUGAACGAUAAAUACCUAUUUCCUUAUACAGCUGAGGAAGACCACGCCCCGAUGCACAACAUCUAUCCUGCCCAUCAGGUUAGCCAUAAUGACGUGAAUAAUCCAUGUAUGGACUACCAUGGAUCGGCCAUGGGAUCAAGAAUUGGGUCUGUUCUGGGAUCUUUCCAUGGUUCAGUAGGUGGUAGUGUAAGAAGCUCUCCAUCUCCUUUGAUGCCACCAGUGACCAUGAUGCAUGGUGGGCACCAUCAAGAUUCUCACCACUGGUGUUGGGAAUAUGAAUAAAUUAACAACUAGGACUGUUUGAACGGAAAAAAGCAGAUGACAACGAAGAAACUUCGGUUUGAACGACUAGUUAUAAGUAAACAAUGAAUGUACAAAUUCUAAGGAUAUUUAUUGUCGAUACUCAGCUUAGCAAUUGUGUAUAGUGCUUUCAAAGAAAGAGCAAACACUAAGAUACGUUCAAAAAAUGUGGAAACGAUAUCUAUAGAUUGUUAUUUAUGAUAUUAUUUUUUUUUGUGAUAUUUUUAUUGAAAAUGCUCAUUCCAUUAUUUGUAUUCGAACAGUGAAACAUUGGGAUUUGUUUGUUGUAUCUCUGAUUGUUCUCUAUAUUUGUCGUUUCCUUUGUUUCAUGUUUUUAAUUUAAUUUUUAUUUAUACAGUGAAUCACUGGUUACUGUGAUUUUUAGGUACUUAAUUUUUUUUUUCAUAAGACAUGUAGCCUUCAUAGUAAUUGAAUAAUAUGCUCUCUUUUUGGAUUCGUGAAUACCUGCAGUGCCCAAUUAGAUAUAAGUAAAUUGAAUAUUACAACUGUAGUGAAAUUUAUUAGCUCUUUAAUGUUCUUUGAUUUUUUUGUGACCUUGAUUGGAUAUAUUUGUUGUGGACAUAUUAAAGGGCUGAUAAAUAUAUUUUUACGGUUUAAUGUUGAUAUUAUAUAUAAUGAAACUCAAAACUUUGCGAUUGGCUCAAAAUUAAGUCCAUAUAGGGAGGAGGAUGUGCAGCAUUGUACAGCCAAACAGUGUUGCAUAAAGUCUCCUAUUCAGAAACAAGAUUUCGUACAAUCAAAAUAUAAAUUGAAGACUGCAACUGAUUGGAACAAUCCGAAAAUCUCGAAUUUAUUUGUACACUGCAUAAGUUUACACUUAGAAUAACGCCAUUCAAUGUAUUUUAUUGUAGUCCAUAAGUGCAUAUUAUAUUUAUAAAAUGAUAGGUUCUUGAGCCAUCAGAGGAAAAGACUAAAUUAUUUUUUAAGCCGUAUAAAGUUUUAGGUUGCUCAAAACGAAAUAUUUUUUCAUGAAUUUUGUAUGAAAAAGUGUGCCUAAUAGCUUUAUAUUCGUUUUUUGUAUGGAUGAUUAGGUAAUUUAGCCACGUGAGAUCUCAGAGUUUAGGUAGUUUUUUAAAAAUUGGGUCUUUCUCUUCCUGUAGGUUUUGUGACCUUAGUAUUUAUUUUACAGAUUUUUCUACUGUGCAAUCGAACAUUCCAUUUUAUGUACUCAAUUUUACAACUGUAAAGGAAUAUAUACCUAGUAUAUUA